UUCCAUCAAACCCGUUCUACUGAGGUCGAUUAUCGGAUACUUAUCCUCGACUGCAUCAAUCUUCAUCAGUUCUAAUUUCUAUCUUUCUUGAAACCGGAAAAUGUCUUGCUGCGGAGGAAACUGUGGCUGUGGUUCUAGCUGCAGCUGCGGCAGCGGCUGUGGAGGAUGCAAGAUGUACCCUGACAUGGGCUACACAGAGACAACAACCACUGAGACUCUUAUCGUUGGUGUUGCUCCCCAGAAGACACACUUUGAGGGAUCUGAGAUGGCCGUUGGAGCUGAGAAUGGCUGCAAGUGCGGAUCCAACUGCACCUGUGAUCCUUGCAAUUGUAAAUGAUAGAGAUCUUAGCCUUUGAAGCAGAGAUGGCCUUGCCUUUUAAGAAACUAAUAACUAGCAUUUAGUCGUCAUGUCUAUGUAUGCGUGUGUAAUUUCUGUGUUUCGUUUCCUUUUAAGACUGAUAUUGAUCAGAAUAAAGUAGCAUGGCUGUCUUUCUGCAAACCUUACUAGUUAAGGUUUGCCGUGGGUUACCCCUGAAGCCUUGGCUGCUUGGUUUGUUUCUGUUCACUUUCUUUGUACGAUAUUAUUAUUAAGUCGUGCAUGUAUGAUGUUGGGGGCUCUCUGCUUUGGUGGGGCGAAUAUUUAUGUGGUAAGAUUAUCUUUUAUAUAAUCUAAUGAAAAUUGAAAGCUCCUAAAUCGGAAAA